GCUCAGAGUGUAGUGGCUUUAUCAGCUUCACCUUCUUCUACAAAAACCCUACCAAAACCCUCCAUUUCUACACUCAUUCUCGCAUUGUUGAAUCGCGAUGCUUCAAAUCGCUUGACCUCACACCAAUCUCGUUCCUUCUUUCUCUACGACGCACAACAAGUUUCAGCAGAGAAAAAAACUCAGCGAAAAUGCCUCUGGGAGAUAGAACAGGGGACAAGAGCGAAUCGCGAUACUGCGGUGUGGAAACAGAGUUCAACGAUGACAUGCCUCAAGUCCUCGCUUUCAAUCUCACAUCCGGAGGCUUCGAUUUCAUCGUUUCCCCUCUGAUGGAUCCUUCUUAUCGGCCAAGCUUGGUGCAAAAGGAUAGUUUUGGAUCUGCUGCUUUGCCAUUUGCUGGGUCAGACUUGGUCUUGAGCCCAUCACAAUGGAGUAGUCAUGUUGUGGGAAAAAUAAGCUCGUGGAUAGAUUUGGAUUCAGAAGAUAAAACCCUUAGGAUAGAUUCUGAAACGACUCUUAAACAAGAAAUAGCAUGGGCUUCUCAUCUCUCUUUGCAGGCUUGCCUGCUUCCUGCCCCUAAAGGAACUUCUUGUGCUAAUUAUGCUAGGUGUGUGAAUGAAAUCUUACAGGGCCUGAGUAAUAUGCAGCUGUGGCUUAGGAUUCCAUUGGUUAAGCCUGAUGAUGACUCACUGGAUACGAACUCUGAUACUUCGGUUGACUCCUGGGAAACAUGGAAUUCUUUUCGCAUUCUAUGUGAACAUCAUCCUCAGCUGUCAGUUGCACUUGACAUUCUGAGCACUUUGCCUUCUACAAUUUCACUAGGACGUUGGUUUGGGGAGUCUGUUCGAACAGCUAUAGUUAAUACUGAUUCCUUUUUAACUAAUGCUCGUGGAUAUCCAUGCCUCUCCAAGCGCCACCAGAGUUUAAUUACUGGUUUUUUUAACCAUUCUAUACAGAUCGUUAUAUCUGGAAAUUCAAUUCAUCCGAAAGCAAGUGCUGAUGCGAAUGAUUUUCAUAAUCGUUCUGUUGAGGGUUCACAAAGACAUUCCUUGCGGCCGUAUCUGGACUAUGUUGCAUAUUUAUACCAAAAAAUGGAGCCUCUUCCUGAGCAAGAACGUUUUGAGCUUGGGUACAGGGAUUUUUUACAGUCACCUUUGCAACCUCUGAUGGAUAAUUUAGAGGCUCAGACUUAUGAGACUUUUGAGAAAGAUGCUGUGAAAUACAUUCAGUAUGAAAGAGCAGUUAGUAAAGCAUUGCUGGACAGAAUUCCUGAUGAAGAGGCAUCUGUUAAAACCGUUGUUUUAAUGGUUGUUGGAGCAGGGCGCGGUCCUCUUGUGCGGGCUUCAUUGCAGGCUGCAGAAGAAACUGGACGAAAGCUAAAAGUUUACGCCGUUGAAAAGAAUCCAAAUGCAGUUGUAACUCUUCAUGCAUUGAUUAAGAUGGAGGGAUGGGAGGAUAUGGUUACUAUUGUCUCAUGUGACAUGCGUUAUUGGAAUGCUCCUGAAAAAGCUGACAUAUUGGUUAGUGAAUUGCUAGGUUCUUUUGGGGACAAUGAACUGUCUCCUGAGUGUCUUGAUGGAGCCCAGAGGUUUCUAAAGCCAGAUGGAAUAUCAAUACCAUCUUCGUACACCAGUUUCCUCCAACCAGUGACCGCUUCAAAGUUGUUUAAAGAUGUCAAAGCUCAUAAAGACCUUGCACACUUCGAAACUGCUUAUGUUGUGAAAAUACACAAUGCAGCUCGACUUGCACCAUCUCAACCUGUUUUUACAUUUAAUCAUCCGAAAAGCUCAGAUGAAGAAAGCAAUGAGCGGUAUAAAAAGUUGCAUUUUGUGAUACCCAAUGAAACUGGGUCAGCAAUGGUACAUGGAUUUGCUGGCUAUUUUGAUGCAACUCUAUACAAGGAUGUGCAUCUUGGAAUUGAACCUUCAACCGCGACACCAAACAUGUUCAGUUGGUUUGCAAUAUUUUUUCCACUAAGGACACCUAUUUGUGUGAAUCCGGGUUCUACGCUUGAAGUACAGUUCUGGCGCUGUUGUGGUUCUACAAAGGUUUGGUAUGAGUGGUGCGUUACAUCUCCCUCAUGUUCUCCAAUUCACAACACUAACGGACGUUCAUAUUGGGUUGGGCUUUAGUGGUUUGUAUUUUCUGUAAUACUUAUUAUUGUCGUGGGUUUAUAAUGAUGUAACCCAGAAUGAAAAGGAAAUGCUCUUUCUAUGGUUGUAGCUGAUUAGAAGAAAUGGUUUCUAGGAAAUAUGUUGUACAAUAAGAUAUUUGCGAUUGUUUUCCGUAAUGCUUCUAUCUCAUGUAAUUAAUAGCAUCCAUAUACAGCUUUAGAUUUAGAUUUUCUUUUUUGGUCGUUUGUUUCA